CUAUCCUUUCCAUCGUCCGUAGAGACAGACAGACUGGUGAUUUUCGUGGAUCUCGUUCCCGUUCGUUGGACCGAUGAUAACAUAGCGACGAAAGUAAGAAAACGCGAUCGUUUUUACUGGACGUUGAAUCCAGAGAGGAGACGGUUUAUCGUCGAUUUUCAAACAUACCGUUGACGCAAUGUUGUCCUCCUGGAGAGCAUGUUGUGGGAGAAUACCGCAACGAUGGAUAUUUGCGAUAAUGGGAUUUUUGGCGUUGUUCAACGCUUACGCGAUGAGAGUUUGCCUUUCGAUCACGAUCACCGAGAUGGUACGCACGCCGGAAACUGAAGCGCCCAGCGAUAAUGGUUGCUCGGCGAUGGAGGAAGACCGGAAAGUUGUGAAUACAACGAGAUCGACGAACAACGCGCAACAGUACGAGUGGGAUGGAAUGAUGCAGGGGAUCAUUUUGUCGUCGUUCUACUGGGGCUACGUGGUGACGCAUCUGCCUGGCGGGAUGCUGUCGGAAAAGUUUGGUGGAAAGCAUUCCCUUGGUUUGGGUAUCCUGGCGACCGCGUUGUUCACCUUGAUAACACCGAUCGUCGUGGAAUUCGGAGAGGCAACAGGUCUGAUCGUUAUGCGCGUGUUAAUGGGUCUUUGCGAGGGUACCACGUUCCCGGCGUUGAACGCGAUGCUCGCGCAGUGGACGCCACCGGAGGAGAGAUCGAAGAUCGGUUCGUUGGUAUUCGCCGGUGCCCAACUUGGCACGGUGUUCGCAAACUCGUUGGCCGGUAUCAUUCUUCAUUAUUCGACGAUGGGAUGGCCAGCUGUGUUUUACGUGUUCGGUAGUAUCGGAGUUGUUUGGUUCUUGUUAUGGUUGGUAACGUGUUACAAUAAUCCAGACACGCAUCCGUUCAUCUCCGAAAAGGAGAGGAACUUUCUGCGGGAAAGGAUGCACGCGCAUACUCAUAAGAAGCCACCCUCGGUACCGUGGAGACACGUUCUUAGGUCUGUGCCGGUUUGGGCGCUGAUUGCCGCACAGAUCGGUCACGACUGGGGUUUCUUUACGCUGAUCAACGAUCUACCGAAGUACAUGAGCAAGGUACUCAAGUAUUCGAUCAAAAGCAACGGAUUGCUCUCCGCUUUACCCUAUUUGACCAUGUGGCUCUGCAGCGUAGUGACAUCUUGCCUAGCCGAUUGGAUGAUAACGUCAGGUCUGAUGUCACGCACCAAUGUACGUAAACUAGGCACAACCAUCGCAUCGCUCGGACCAGGAGCGUUCGUUGUCGGUGCGUCUUACGCCGAAUGCGACAGAACAACCGUCGUUAUCAUGUUCACCGUUGGUACGACGUUAAUGGGAACGUUUUAUCCAGGAAUGAAGGUGAACGCUUUGGAUCUCAGUCCAAAUUAUUCCGGCACGUUGAUGGCUCUGGUAAAUGGAAUAGGCGCUUUUAGCGGUAUCUUGACGCCGUAUAUCGUUGGCGUGCUAACUCCGAACGAGUACCUUUCCGAAUGGAGACUCGUCUUUUGGAUCGUUUUCGCUGUGUUCGUUGUGACCAAUUUGAUAUUUGUGCUGUACGCGAGUGGGGAAGUCGAAUACUGGAACGAUCCUGAAUUUAUUAGAAGGGACAGAGAGGAGAGACGAAUGAAAAACGGAAAAGGACAAAAGGUUGAGAAACCCCUUCCAUAACCUAACUUAAUGCCUCUCUCUCUCUCUCUCUCUGUUUUUUUUUCGUUUUUUCUCGUUUUUACACGACACGAACGAACGAACGGAAUGCGCAUGACGCGCAUAAUGAAUUAUACACGAGCGACACUCCCCGUUGUAUAGCGCUCUUGUCGUUGUGUUCAAUUCUUUUCCAUAAAUACGAGAAAUAUUACUCGCGGAUUUACCGCAUUCGCGUGUUUCUCGCGCGCUGUGUCGAUGUCGCGUACGCUCAAAUCCCUAGAUAGAUGAUGUUUCUCCUCCUUUUCUCCUUUCCGUCUAGUCCAAGUUCGAAACAACAAACGACAAGUCGAACAACUGCUGCGUACAUUUACGUAGGGUACGCGUUAUCGAACGAGAAGGAGAUAAAUACACAUUCGCCGGAUGUUACAUAUUGACGACGUGUUCUCGCGAACGAGAUUCGGUGUACCUGAAAGUAUUUUUAUGCUUACACCGUGCACGAUUGCGCGCGUGUUUUUUGUGUGCCUACAUACGCAUACUCAUAUUACACACACGCGUCGUUUAAAUGCACCAUAGCCCCUGAAUCUUAGAAACCUCCGU